GGUUUAACUGUCUACCACACAUUCUUUCUCAUCACAAUUUCUCAAAGCCAGUCAACAGAAACACAUCUUCUAAAUUUUCACAAUCAUUCGACAAGCUUGUAUAAUAUUUUUCGAGUAUAAAACCUGGCUUGAUUUAAUCAUGUCUCAGACUAGUAUUAAUAAAACAGAAUCCAACCAAAUUGAAGAUUCAGACAGCGAGAACAGUUUCCAUCACUCGGAAAUAAACUCCCACACCGUCGAUGAGGGCAAUAACUCCAAUGAAUCGCCUUGGUCCACCAGGGGCUAUAUGUUAGGAGAAAGUAGUAUCUCUCCCUGUUCAUCGGGUUAUCAGCGACCGAUCGUAGAAGUUCUUCCGCGGCGUCUGCCAAACGGUGGGAUGUUCUCCCAACUAAUCCAGCAAAUGCGGGAUGCUGAAGACGUCCAAGUAUUUCUAGAGCCGGAAGAGCUCCUGUCGGAUCCUGAAGAUGAUGACGGCGGACCAGAGGAGGCUUUAAUCAUUGGCCGGAAUCAUCCGGAUUCUAGCGAGGCAGCCUUAGCCGGAUAUAGGUACCGAAUCAUAUAAUAGAUAUCAGACAAAUAAUAUUUUAUCAGCAAACAAAAGCACUUUUCAUGGCGACGUUAAGUGACACCCAAGUUGCAGCAAACCAGAGGCACCAGAGUCGUCCUCAGGACCAGGGGGGUCCUGAUGCUGUCCGCUUUCUGUUAAUAUUGCUGGUAAAUCAAGGCUCAUGCAGUGAGAAAAAUAUUUCAGAAGACUUUUAAAUAAAAACGUAUCUUGAAGAAUUUAAUUUAAA